AUGUCUCAUUCGUUCAUUAUAGAUACAGAUGACCAGCAACUUAUUGAACUUUUUACUAACGAUGAAAAAGAAGAAAUCAGGUCUACAAAUGUUAAAGAUGAUCCAAAACUUGACAAUGAUGUCAAAGAUUGCCUUAAUACAUUUAACAAGACAAAUAUAAAUGAUAUUCGUAAAGUAAUAGCACAAUUUUCAACACGUCCAGAAAAGAGCUUUAUAAUCGACACAAUAGUUUAUGUCAUACAUAGCCUAGUAAUACUUUACGAAAGACAGCCCAACGCAUUUAGUGUGGAUCAUCUUGAAAAUUGGUAUAAUUUACAUUAUCGUCAAUAUAGAGGAGAGUUCUGUAGCGUUGCUAGCAGUGACAGAAAACGAAAACGUAAAGAUAGAAAAGCAUACGGACGACAUGCAGAUGCAAUUAUUAGAAAGAAUACUAAUGGGCAAGAAUGGCUCAUAGAAUGUGGGUUAAAAUUACCAAAGAUGCUUCGUGAUAUGCUCAUUGGGCUCUGCAGCAGGGUAAAGUGGAGGUCUCAUAGUGUCCAAAAGCUAGAAACGAUAGGUUAUGUUCAUGCAGACAAUCCAACUGGAUACAUUAUGCGCCUUACUAAAAGUGACCUCUUUGAGAUCCCUGAAGAUAUUGAAUCUUUUGCAUUGGCCUUAGAAUUAAUUGGCGCUGUGUGGAUGUCCAAGGUUGUUCGUGCUUUUUGUCAUACUUCUGAUUCUCAAAAUAAGUCACAUAGGCGUAAGAAACCAAUAUCGUCUACCUCUCAGGAUUCUCAAAAUAAAUCACGUAGACGCAAAAGGCCAGCCUUUUAA